AUGGCAUCCCACGAGACACCAGCUGCUGCUGCUGCUACAACUAGUCAUGGAAAUGACACGAGCGUACGGACCGUCACCAUCCACAUCCUGUCUCCUUCUCUUCCAGCUCCAAGUCGCUUUACACUUCGGGACUUGCCAUUGGAAACAACCGUUGGACAAUUGCGAUCACGCAUCACCCACUCCCUCCCGGGUCACCCUGCACCAUCGACCCAGAGGUUGAUUUAUCGAGGACGGCCUUUGGCAAAUAACAAUGAUACCAUGGCAGAUAUUUUCCGCUCUGUUGAGGGAACCGAGCACUCGAUACACAUGGUCUUACCACCUCCUUCGGCCCCGGCACCCGCUAAUAACAGGGCUUCUCUUUUCGGGUCCAUGAGCCACACGGAGAGGUCGAGUCAACUUCCGGGUUCCCUCGCAGCCGGUAGUACUGCCUUGUCUCAAAGUGCGGGGGAUGGCCUGCGAUUCCGCGGCUUACCAACGCCGGCCACUACACACGAACGACACUUGGAGCAUAUUUCAAACAUCCUGAAUCGGGCCACGUCCGCCACGAGCCCAUAUUCACCUUUGAACAUGAACAUGCCCAACCCAACCGAUCUUGGCGAGUACGAAGACUUGCGCAGGCAGGUUGAAAGCGCAGAACAUAGUCUGGACCACAGCUUCGUUCCUUCACACGAGACCUUGUACCAACUACGAUCUCGAGUAGAGCAAUUGGUACAGCGUGAGGGACGUUUUACUCCUGCGUCUGCACAAGCAUUGCUGCAGCGUAUCAUGGCCCUUUAUCGGCGUGUUGACAGUCUGCCCUCCAAUCGCGACGCACGUCCGGCAAUGCCCGCGGGCUCUCUCCAAUCACCACUACAAGUCUUCUUGGCCACCGGACCGGAUGGCCGUCAGAGCUUGAUUAUGCCCAUAAACACCGCGAAUGUGUUUCCUCUGUCUACCCCCCUCCCACAGCCUGGAAAUACCCAUACAGUCCCCAUCGACACUCACAAUGUCCAUCAUGCAGCUCCGGCAGGUCAAAAUCCGGCAGGUAUGCAGGACAUUGUCCGCCAGGCAGUCAUCAAUCAGCAGCGACGUCGUGAAGUUGAGAACAUCCCUGCUGGACAAUAUCUGCGCAGAAUCUGGCUCUUCAUUCGACUGUACUUCUGCAUCUACAUGAUCAGCAGUUCUGGCACUUGGGCACGUGUGUUCCUCGUCGCCGGUGCGGUACUGAUUGCUCUGCUAUCAGAUACUGAAAUCCCUCGCCGGCUGCAAGGAAUGCUUGUUGAGCCUAUCCAGCGCCAUCUCGAAGGUCUCGCCCACAUAGGCGGGCCAGCAGAUCGAGCCACACAGGCAGCUGGAGAUCAAAAUUCAGUGGCCGGUGGUCAUGCGGAUAACACGAUUCGUGGCGAAUUGUGGAGCAGUAUUCGCCGUAUGGAACGAGCUAUCGUGUUACUACUUGCGAGUCUUAUUCCGGGCAUUGGUGAACGGCAGGUGGAGGCACGGAACGCGGCCGAGGCGGAAGCUGAGCGUCUUCGUCAAGAGGAACAGCAGCGGCUACAGGAACAGCAGCAGCAAGAGGAAGCGCAGGCCGAGUCUCAGCCCGAUACUGUGGCAGAGGGGGCAGUGGAAACUGACACCACCGUCGACAGCGGAGCCACCGAGCAACCGCAGCCAGAGCAAGCUGUUCCCGCAUAG